AUGGCAAUCGCAUUGGCGGAAGCAGACAAGUAUGAGGUGCUGGAGAAGAUUGGUUGUGGUUCCUUCGGCAUUAUUCGCAAAGUCAGGAGAAAAACAGAUGGUUUUAUCCUGUGUCGCAAGGAAAUUAAUUACAUCAAAAUGUCCCAAAAAGAGCGCGAGCAACUUACGGCCGAAUUCAAUAUUUUGAGCUCUCUUCGACACCCGAACAUCGUCGCUUACUACCACCGUGAACACCUAAAGGCGAGUCAAGACUUGUAUCUUUACAUGGAAUACUGCGGCGGCGGUGAUCUCAGCAUGGUCAUUAAGAACCUGAAGAAGACGAACAAGUACGCAGAGGAAGAAUUUGUUUGGCGUAUACUAUCCCAACUGGUCACUGCGUUGUACCGUUGCCAUUAUGGUGCAGACCCGGCAGAUGUAGGGUCAAACAUUCUAGGGCCUGCACCCAAGCCCUCGGGCCUCAAGGGAAAGCAGGCGCAGAUGACAAUCCUGCACCGCGAUUUGAAACCGGAAAACAUUUUCCUGGGACAUGACAACACGGUCAAACUAGGAGAUUUCGGCCUUUCUAAGCUAAUGAAUUCUCAUGAUUUCGCAUCAACAUAUGUCGGCACUCCAUUUUACAUGUCCCCCGAGAUAUGCGCUGCGGAGAAAUAUACCUUGCGUUCAGAUAUUUGGGCUGUCGGCUGCAUCAUGUACGAACUUUGCCAGAGAGAGCCACCUUUCAAUGCGAGGACACAUAUUCAACUUGUUCAACGAAUCCGCGAAGGCAAAUUCGCUCCGCUGCCAGAAUUCUACUCUCCUGAGCUGAAGAAUGUCAUUGCUAGUUGUUUACGAGUAAACCCAGACCACCGCCCCGACACUACCGCUUUGAUCAACCUUCCUAUCAUCCGCCUGAUGAGGAAGGAGAAAGAGGUUGUUGACCUUAGUAGCAAACUGCGAAAGCGUGAAGAAACAGCCCUGCAGAAAGCCAAGGAAGUUGAGCAGACCUUUGCAAAACUCGAAAAAGAGAGGCAGCAGAUGAAAUCCGACAUUGAAAGCUCCCUGCGCCGGGAAUGGGAGGUAAAAGCCAGACUAGAAAUCGACCGCCAGGUGCAGAACGAACUUGACAGACUUCGUAAGAGGUUUGAGACUGAAGUUCAAGAUAGGGUGGCGAUUGAACUAGAGAAGCAGAAAAAAAGCCACAACGUCAGAGAUGAUGCUGGCCUACGCUCAAGCGCUUAUGGCCCCCGGUCGUCUACCUUUAACGCAGACGACACGGACCUUCCUUCCACCACUGAUAUCAGUCAGUUGUCAAUGGAGUCACCAGCGAGCAAGCCGUUAAGACGAGAAACUCGCACUCCUUUCAAUCGCUCAAAAACAGUCGUUGAGUCGCCCGUCGAUGUGCAGAUGGCUGAGCCAUCUCCCAUUUCAAUCGCAUCACUCUCUUUGUCCCCCCGUCGUACCUCUGCCACCUCUUCUGGUAAGAACAUUUUCGCAGAAGCAGAGAGACAGCGGGCCAAAUGGGAGCCUACCCUAGCGUACUCCGAUGAUGAAGACGACACCCCUGAUCUGCCUUCACCUACUAGGCCUAAAGUCAAGCCCGAUCCUUUUAAAGCUCCGUCUCGCCCCCUCCUUCGCCAGAACACAGCCGCACUAAUGCAGAAACUGAGCACGCAACCCCCACUUUUCCCCAGCAACCCUUCAAGGCUGCCGCAGGCAUCAGGGUCCGGUCAAUCAGACGCCCGUCACGGAGAGCCCAAAGCCAGAUCUCCCCACCGACGUCUGUCGAAAAUCCCAUCGUCGGCGAACUUGGCUGCUGAUGCUGGAUCACCGACUCGCAAGUCUGGCUUAAAACAGCACCCUACCAAGGUUAACGGUGGUGGAGAGGAGAUGUUCAAAGCCGUCAUGCAGCGCAAUAUGGGUGGUAGAACACUGGUCGAACUUGCUCAAGCCCGGGCUGGUGGCCGUCCUGUUGAAGACCUCAAGCGAUGUGCCAGUGACUCCCGCUCUUCAAAUUGCUCUUCCGGCCUCAAAUCUUCAGAUCGCGAUCCGCCAGCAGUGUGGGACCCUGAAAAGGACGAAAUGCCGAGCCCCUUCCUUGCGCGCGGUCGUAAGGUUAUUCGUAACUUGCGGUAA